AUGCAUGCAUUGAAGCGCCAAUGUGCUGAAACUUGCGGCAAUACAUGCUACUCGCAAGAUGACAUCAACGCCGCCGUGCAACAAGGCUACGGCUACUACGAGGACGGGACCACAGUGGGCAACGAUGAAUAUCCUCACCAGUACAAAGACUACGAGGGCUUCACCUUCCCAGAUGCUGGACCCUAUUACGAAUUCCCCAUCCUGAGUGAUGAGCAGGUGUAUACUGGAGGCAGUCCGGGAGCCGAUCGGGUCAUCUUCACCGGAGAUGGGACGUACGAGGGCGUGAUCACACACACUGGGGCUACUGGGAAUGAUUUCUUGCAGUGUACUGCGGAUUAG